AUGAUCUAGCAUGUCCAGAAUGAAAACUUCAUUCUUGAUUCUACGAGAAUCUUUAUGAAAGCAUUUCAUUUGCAUCUCUUCAAUAGAAGUUUUAUUUUUCCAUAAUAUCUAAUUUUUGGCCUAAUUCUUCUUUUGGUGAUCGAUUUAACCUCUGAUAGAAAAUAUACACCUUAGUUAUAUUUCAUCUCUUCCACAAGUUUAGUAAUGAGCAUAACUGCUCUAUUGUUCCAUUGGAGAGAAGAACCAAAUUUCCAAACAAACAAUUGCAAUGAAAUCGUUCAAUUCCUUAUUUUACUAUGUUCAACUCUAUGUAUUCCUCUAUUCAUAGAAUACAUUGAAUGUAGAAAAAUGGCUAUAACAGAAUUUCUGUUAUUUGUAUUAACAAUUACUCUAGGAGGAAUGUUUUUAUGUGGUGCUAAUGAUUUAAUAAGUAUCUUUGUAGCUCUAGAAUAUUUCAGUUUAUGCUCCUAUCUAUGAUCUGGAUGUACCAAGAGAAUUGUACGGUCUGAUGAGGCUACUACGAAAUAUUUACUCAUAGGUGGGACAAGUUCUUCUAUUUUGGUUUAUGGUUUCUCUUGGCUAUAUGGUUCAUCCAGAGGAAAGAUCGAGAAAUGAGAACAAUCUUAUCAAUAUACAAAUGUACAACUCCUCAAAAGUUUUGCGCUUAUAUCCUUCAAUGUAGGAAUCGGGUUCAAGCUUUCCCUAGCCCCUUUUCAUCAAUGGACUCCAGACGUAUAUGAAGGAGUGUAG